AUGCCCAACAGAAUCGUCAAGUACUCGGAGAAGCAUCCAGAGCUUCUCAGUACCAUAAUCGCCUUGUCAAAAAGUGGUCGAUCCGGAAGAAUAUCACAAAGAAAGAGUGACACAAACUCUACCGUGAAGAUCAAUGGCGAAGAGGAAGGGGUAAAACCUUCAGCUGAUUCUACGUGUGUGAAAGCUAAUGCUCACACUGCUAUGAACCAACUGCUCCGGUACGAGGAACGUAACAGUACAAAUACGAAGCGGACACAGUACAGCAGUGCCGCCUUACAAGUUGCCAUCCGUAACCACAACUACCCUCUGAUAAGAACAUUGGCCCAAGCCACUGAUAUACACGGCCUCGAGCCUGUCGAUGCGGGAGAAGGCGUUCUAAACUGGCUGGACCCUCUUGUGGCCACCGACGUAGGGAGCCGCGCUAUGACAGAGCUCCUUUUGAAACAUGGAGCGAGCAUCGAUCGAUCAUUGGACAUGGGGUUGUUGAGAGCACCAUUGCAAAGGGCCGCUGAAAUUGACGAUUUUGACAUCAUGCGAUACCUCAUUGAGAAGGGAGCCACGAUUGACACCACUCCCGCGUACGGCGGCGGUACUGCGCUGCAACUGGCUGCUAUGAGUGGCCAUGUCGGCAUUGAAGCGUUGCUAAUUGAGCACGGAGCUGACGUGAACCAUCUACCUGCAAAAGGACCCGGGCGAACGGUAUUCGAAGCAGCAGCGGAGUGGUGCCGUCCAGAUAUGAUGUAUUUCCUCAUGAAACAUGGGGCUCAGCUUGACCUUCAUAUAACCGAGGAGAUUGGGGAACUCGACGAUGCCGAGGAUCAGGAUGAUUUGGAUUGAGGUAUUCUGGAGCUAUGGUAUAUCUUUGACGCAUGUCGUACCCAGUAUGAACGCGCGAUACAGUUUGC